AUGACAACUUCUUCUAUUUCUUAUUCGUACUUAUCUCAAAAAAUUACAGACUGUGAACUUCCAUCCACAGAAACUUUAAACAUAUUCUCAAAAGCUCAACAAAUAGAAAUCUUAAAAUUAUGUUAUAAUACACAAAAAAGAUUGCUUAAUAAGUUACUUGAUGAUAAAAGAAUAGAACAUGCUGAUAUUGAAAUUCCAGUUGUACAACUGCCCAAAAGAAACAAAAAUCAAUCAUCAAAGUUGAAACUAUGGAAGCUUUGUCCUUGGUUAUCUAAAGACUAUUUUUCAAAAAUUAAAGCUGAUUUUACACCACAUCUUGAAACAAACAAAAUUACAAAACUAACAACAUAG